CUCUAUAUAAGCACACAGAAUUUGAGUAAAAUGUUUAAUAGAUAUAAAUACUGAUAAGUGUCUAACGAGUGCUUCACUUUUCUCUUUCUCUCUCCCAAAAUCUUUGAACAAGAGAGAGAGCGAAAGAAAAACAGCGGAUUUCUUUAUCUUCCGUUCUUCGUUGACAAUGUCGGGAAACAAGCAAGAAGAGGAUCCUCGUAUCAACGGAAUCAAAACUAAGAUCCGUGUCGUUCCAGAUUUUCCCAAGAAAGGAAUAAUGUUUCAAGACAUAACAACAGUGUUGUUGGAUCCGAAAGCCUUCAAAGAUACAAUUGAUCUGUUUGUUGAGAGAUACAGAGACAAGAACAUCUCAGUGGUUGCAGGAAUAGAGGCUCGUGGUUUCCUGUUCGGUCCACCAAUAGCGUUAGCCAUCGGAGCAAAGUUCGUUCCUCUCCGUAAACCCAAGAAAUUGCCAGGUGAAACGAUAUUUGAAGAAUACGAGUUGGAGUACGGGAAUGACCGGCUAGAGAUGCACGUAGGAGCCGUUGAGGCUGGAGACCGAGCUUUGGUAGUUGAUGAUCUAAUUGCGACCGGUGGUACUCUCUGUGCUGCCAUUAACUUGCUCGAAUUUUCUUGGACCGUGUCAGAGAGGGUUGGGGCAGAAGUUGUGGAAUGUGCAUGCGUGAUCGAGUUACCCGAAUUAAAGGUUUGCUGUCGUGAAAUUUAAUACAUAAUAUUCGAAAUAAUAAAUUUGAGAUCUUUUAUACUGGUGUGACAUUUAAUUCUUUCGAGGUGGGAAAUUAAUAUUUUGCAGGGAAGGCAGAGACUCAAGGGGAAGCCACUAUGCAUGCUUGUGGAGUACAGAUGAUGAUUUUAGCUGAGAUAUUUGGAUUAAUGAUUUUCUUAAUUAAUUUUUGGUUAUGCACCGAAAAUUCGGAUUACGCAGACUUAUUAUUGGAUUAUACAGUAUUUUAAUUUAAAAUCUGGUGGAUUAGCUGGAACAAAUAAUCUGAAUUCUUUGCUGCUGAAAAGUAUAUGUAUAUAUGCAUUAAUGCAUAUAUGGAAGUUCACAAAAGUAUAUAUAUUAGUUUUUCUCAGUGGUACAUAUAUAGUAUUAUACAAGUUUAAAUUCGGGUGAUGAGACAAUAACACCUAUAUUCGAUGAAAACCUGUAUAUGUUAUAUAAUAUAUACACACAUAAUACACUCGAGUUCCAUUUCUGAAUGCAGAACACCUUCUUUUCUGGCAGAGGAACUAAUUACUUUGAUAUUUUCAAAAGAAAUUUAUUAACAGACCACUAUUUGAACAAGCAAACAUGUAAACAUCAACAUGAAAUCAUGACAGGACUUUAGAUUUUAUAAUACCUCCUUCUUCAGUUUCUUAAAAUUAAAUGUUUUGGUAUUUUUACACAUAUUAAAAAAAUACAUUAAUUAUGUAUUGUUUUUUAAAAUUAUCAAAUUCUAAUACUUUUUAACCAAUAGUUUUCAAUAAAUAUAAUUAAUGUAUUUUUGUGAAACAAUUUAUUUUAUAAAACUCAAACUUCUAUCUUAACGGAGGGAGAAUUCUCUUUUUUAAUAUUUUAGCAAAAAAAAAAAAAAAAAGAGAAUUCUCUUUUAUUGAGUAUAUUGUCAACUUUUUGAACUUUGGCAUGGGUAUCCGAGCCAUACGUGCAAGUCGGUGGUGACUUUUAUGAGGAUAUACCAUUGAGGUAACGAACUCUACUCUUACUUUUAUGACUAUCAUUCAACCAAACACUAGACAACGAGCAUUUAGCGAAUUUAUGACGUACAACACUAAAAUUGUUACUAUGUUAUUAGUUACCUAAACGUUCGUAUAACAGUAAAUAUUGUAUAUGCUGAGUUCUAUAUACAUGCAUUAUUUAAUUUUAAAACACAAUUAUAAGAGACAAAUUAAUGAUUUCCUAGGUCAAGAAGACAAGAGCUAUGAUUAGGAUAUCCAUUUGAUAAUGUAAUUAUAGAUCAUAUAUAAUCUUCCAUCCAAUUCUGUUUGCCAUGAUUAUGUUUUGCGAUCAUAUUUUCUGAAGUCAAACUAAAACACAUAUAUAUAUCCAUCCCCACAUAAACAAAAAGACCUAACUCUUGCACUAAAAUAACAAAAUAAAAAUUACGCCGUGUUGCUUUUUCUUCAUUUUAUUAACAAAAGGCUGAGUGUUGCUUUUUAUUCGUUUUGUUGUAAACCAAUUUAACUAUAUAUAUCUGGCUACAUAACAUAACGUAUUCAUGUAAGAAACUACUUUUUUUUGCAUUUACAAAAAAAAAAGAAUAUUUUAGUUAUUGUGAUUUAAUCAAAGUAAUUUUAAAAUUUAUAGUUGAAAUUUGAAAACCUCCACUGGAUUUAAGUUUUUCAAAUACAGACGAAAGUAACUACUAUUUCCACUAAAAAGAGAGAUAAAAUGAUAAAUGAUAUAUACAUUAAUUAGCUUUAGGAAAGAAAAAAGCUUGUUUCCAUAAAAUCACUAUUUGCAUUAGACUUAUGAACACAAAACUGUACGGAAAGAACAAGUUUUUUUUUUUUGGUAAUCAGGAAAGAACAAGUUUAACCUUAAUUUGAAUUUUAUGUUGAUUAGAAGAGUCUCCUAGCCGUCUAUACGUUUAGUCUAGAGGAUUCUUGUGUUGCUUUCCAAUACUUUAUUCAAAGUUUGACAGCUGCAUAUUCAAAGUCCGUGUUGCCCCCUUGAAGCUUAGCUCCUUGAGAACUCGUCAAAGCUGGUUAUAGUCAUAUCACCUUGUAUAACUGUAGGUACAGAGAGAGGAGCUUGUAAAAGUUUGGACAUAAUACGAGGUUGAUGUCUGAGUGUUCGUUUUCUUUUGUCCAUCUUUCAUAUGGAUGUGUGGUGUUGAUAAAGUCUGAGUUUGAUAUAUUUUAGUGAAAUACUUAUACAUGUUCAUGUGUCAUAUCUUGAAUCUUUUAUGGUGUGAUUCGAAAUUGGAGUGACAUCUAUUUUCCCCCUUUUCUAGUAUUUUAAUCAUGCUGGCUACUAAGUGAUGCGAUUUUCUUUUGUGCAGGAAGCUAAUCUCGACGCUGGAGAAUCAGGGAACCAUGCAUGACAAGGUCUACCAAUUAACAAAGCACGAGUUUUCAAGCCCAGGACGUGGAAAGUCUAGAGGUGUACAUGCUUCAACACUUAAUCUCACUUCCUACUCUCCUCCAUUUUUUGUUUUGCUUUGAGUUCUAAUUCAUUUUCUCAGUGUCCUUUUUUGGUUCUUAUGAUCUUUGUAUAAUUCACUUAAUGUAAGUCACAGUGAUAUCAGCAAGAUGAAAGUCAGUGAUCCCGCAUCAAAUGCCUCGUUGCUGUGGAGAAGGACCAAUCCACCACCUAAUGGCUAAUGUCACUAGAUCCAACUUGACCUCAUUCUCCUUCACCUUGAACGAGCUGACACCUGGAUUUCAGGAGAUGCUUCCUCCCACAGACUCAUAGCUCUAGGCUAGGACCGGACCAACGCUAUCUGGAGACUGGAGAAUGGUGAAUAUGAGAAGGCAGACUUAGAAAAACAACGGUUAGAAAGAAGGCAAAGAAUGGUUGGUACGUUACCAUUAACAUUUCACUGGUCCAUGAUGAUCUCUCUCUAGGCUGAUUUUUCAACCUGAAGUCAGAUUUUUGAAAAUUUUCGUCUCUUCAUUGAAGUCAGCUUAAGAGAAAAUUUUCAUCCGGACAACAUUGGAGUUGUUUACACAGAAUCUCGACACGGAGGAUCAAAAGCUAAUAUUCUGCUUGCAAGAGGGGCAUAGAACAAGAUGUCAGAAAGGUUUUUGGUUAAAUUUUUUGUUUGUAAGAAUGUGUAGUCUUUAUGUCAGAGGUCCUCCUUUUGGUAGAUUGUCUCUGUAAAGUCGUAUCUUAGUCUAUUUCCUUCUCUACCUCUCUCGUUAAUAGCUGAGAUUAAUGUUAGACUGCUUUCUCAUACAUUUGGGACAAGUUCAUUGUGAUCCAUUUGUAUUUUGUUAAAAAAACAUAUGUGAGGAAUAAAUAUGGGUCAAUUAGCCCAA